AACGAAGCGGCAUAUUCGUGUCUCGGAAGUGGAAGCACAAGGCCGGAAGUUCUGUCUGCUGCGCGUUGUUUGCCCAGCGAGGGAGAACACAGGCGGGCAGCAAAGUGCACCAUGGCGGAUGUAACAGCCAGAAGCUUGCAGUAUGAAUACAAAGCGAACUCUAACCUUGUACUUCAAGCUGAUCGCUCCCUGAUAGACCGUACUCGCAGAGAUGAGCCCACGGGAGAGGUCCUGUCAUUGGUGGGGAAGUUGGAAGGAACUCGUAUGGGUGACAAAGCUCAAAAGACCAAGCCACAGAUGCAGGAGGAAAGACGGCUUAAGAGAAGAAAACGAGAUGAAGACAGGCAUGACAUGAACAAGAUGAAAGGAUACACUCUGCUGUCUGAAGGUAUAGAUGAAAUGGUGGGAAUCAUAUACAAACCCAAAACCAAGGAGACACGAGAAACCUAUGAAGUGCUUCUCAGCUUCAUCCAGGCUGCACUAGGAGAUCAGCCACGAGACAUCUUGUGUGGGGCAGCAGAUGAAGUUCUGGCAGUGCUGAAGAAUGACAAACUUCGGGAUAAAGAUAGAAGGAGGGAAGUGGAUCAAUUACUAGGGCAAACUGAUGAUACUCGGUACCAUGUACUUGUGAACCUGGGCAAAAAGAUUUCAGACUACGGGGGAGACAAAGAAAUUCAAAAUAUGGAUGACAAUAUUGAUGAGACAUAUGGGGUGAAUGUGCAGUUUGAAUCAGAUGAGGAGGAAGGAGAUGAGGACGCAUAUGGAGAGGUGCGAGAUGAGGCAUCUGAUGACGAUAUGGAUGGUGAUGAAGCGGUUGUGCGAUGUACUCUGUCUGCAAAUCUUGCAUCUUCUGGAGAAUUGAUGAGUUCCAAGAAGAAAGAUCUCCAUCCCCGGGACAUUGAUGCCUUUUGGUUGCAAAGACAACUCAGCCGCUUCUAUGAUGAUGCUAUUGUGUCCCAGAAAAAAGCAGAUGAAGUUCUGGAAAUUCUAAAGACUGCAGGAGAUGAUCGUGAAUGUGAAAACCAAUUGGUUCUUUUGCUGGGGUUCAACACAUUUGACUUUAUUAAAGUACUGCGACAACAUCGUAUGAUGAUUCUGUAUUGCACGCUCUUGGCAAGUGCUCAGAGUGAAGCAGAAAAGGAAAGGAUAAUGAGCAAAAUGGAGUCCGAUACAGAACUCUCUAAAUAUCUAUACCAGCUACAGGAGACAGAAAAAGAGGAUCUGAUUCGGGAGGCGCGUGGACACAGAGACAAGAUUAGGCAGUUAAAUGUAGACAUGGAUUUGGAAAGCAUGGAAACGGAACAAGGAGAGGCUUUCACUCCACGUCAAGUCUUGGACUUGGAGGAUUUGGUCUUUGCCCAGGGUAGUCAUUUCAUGGCUAACAAACGGUGCCAACUGCCUGAUGGCUCCUUCAGACGUCAGCGGAAAGGGUAUGAAGAGGUGCAUGUGCCUGCCCUUAAACCCAAACCUUUUGCUUCUGAUGAGCAACUGGUCCCAGUUGAAAAGCUUCCUAAAUAUGCUCAGUCUGGCUUUGAAGGCUUCAAGACUCUAAAUAGAAUCCAGAGCAAGUUGUUUAAAGCUGCAUUGGAAACAGAUGAGAACCUGUUGCUUUGUGCUCCCACCGGAGCUGGUAAAACAAAUGUAGCUCUGAUGUGCAUGCUUCGGGAGAUUGGAAAACACAUAAAUGUGGAUGGCACCAUCAAUGUGGACAACUUCAAAAUAAUUUACAUUGCUCCCAUGAGAUCCCUGGUGCAGGAAAUGGUGGGCAGCUUCAGCAAGCGAUUGUCAACAUAUGGCAUUACCGUGGCAGAGUUGACAGGAGAUCACCAGCUGUGUAAAGAAGAGAUCAAUGCCACACAGAUCAUAGUUUGUACCCCAGAAAAAUGGGAUAUCAUCACCCGUAAAGGAGGGGAGAGAACAUACACUCAGCUCGUCCGUCUGAUCAUUCUGGAUGAAGUCCACUUGCUGCAUGAUGAUAGAGGUCCGGUGCUGGAAUCUUUGGUUGCUCGGGCCAUCCGUAAUAUUGAGAUGACACAGGAGGAUGUCCGGCUUAUUGGUCUUAGUGCUACUUUGCCCAACUAUGAGGAUGUAGCCACAUUUCUUCGCGUGGACCCUGCCAAGGGGCUCUUUUAUUUUGACAACAGUUUUCGUCCAGUGCCACUGGAACAGACCUAUGUAGGUAUUACAGAGAAAAAGGCCAUCAAACGCUUCCAGAUUAUGAAUGAGAUUGUUUAUGAGAAAAUCAUGGAGCAUGCCGGCAAGAACCAGGUGCUGGUGUUUGUUCAUUCCAGGAAGGAAACUGGCAAGACGUCCCGUGCUAUCAGAGAUAUGUGCCUGGAGAAGGACACCCUGGGUCUGUUUCUGAGAGAGGGUUCUGCUUCAACUGAAGUUCUUCGUACUGAAGCCGAGCAAUGCAAGAACCUGGAACUGAAAGAUCUCCUGCCUUAUGGGUUUGCUAUUCACCAUGCUGGUAUGAGCAGAGUUGACAGGACACUAGUGGAGGAUCUGUUUGCCGAUAAACACAUUCAGGUCCUGGUUUCCACAGCAACUCUGGCUUGGGGUGUCAAUCUCCCAGCUCACACUGUUAUCAUUAAAGGGACACAGGUUUAUAGUCCAGAGAAGGGUCGUUGGACAGAGCUUGGUGCCUUGGAUAUCCUGCAGAUGCUUGGUAGAGCUGGACGUCCCCAGUAUGAUACAAAGGGUGAGGGAAUUCUCAUCACCUCACACGGGGAGUUGCAAUAUUACCUGUCUCUGCUGAACCAGCAGCUUCCUAUUGAGAGCCAGGUGGUUGGAAGGCUUCCAGACAUGCUGAAUGCAGAAGUGGUCUUGGGAAAUGUACAGACUGCUAAGGAUGCUGUGAAUUGGUUAGGCUACACAUACCUAUACAUCCGUAUGUUGCGCUCUCCAAACCUGUAUGGAAUCUCCCACGAUGACCUUAAGAUUGACCCUUUGCUGGAACACCGACGUCUUGAUCUAAUACAUACAGCUGCCCUUCUCCUCGACAAGAACAACCUGGUGAAAUAUGAUAAGAAGACUGGUAAUUUCCAGGUUACUGAGCUGGGUCGUAUUGCCAGUCAUUUCUACAUCACCAAUGAUUCCGUACAAACCUACAACCAGCUGUUGAAGCCAACUCUUAGUGAGAUCGAGCUUUUUCGUGUGUUCUCUCUUUCCUCUGAGUUCAAGAAUAUCACUGUCAGAGAGGAGGAAAAACUAGAACUGCAGAAGUUGCUAGAAAGAGUACCUAUCCCUGUCAAAGAAAGCAUAGAGGAGCCAAGUGCUAAGAUCAACGUGCUGCUGCAGGCUUUCAUUUCUCAGCUAAAACUGGAAGGAUUUGCUCUGAUGGCAGACAUGGUGUAUGUUACACAGUCUGCAGGCCGUCUCAUGCGAGCAAUAUUUGAAAUUGUCCUUAACCGAGGGUGGGCCCAACUGACUGAUAAAACUCUGAAUUUGUGCAAAAUGAUCGACAAGAGAAUGUGGCAGUCCAUGUGUCCUUUACGCCAGUUCAGGAAGUUGCCAGAGGAAGUGGUGAAGAAGAUUGAAAAAAAGAACUUUCCUUUUGAGCGUCUUUAUGAUUUGAAUCACAAUGAGAUUGGUGAACUCAUCCGUAUGCCCAAAAUGGGGAAAACAAUCCAUAAAUACGUUCACCUGUUCCCCAAGUUGGAUUUGUCUGUGCAUCUGCAACCUAUCACUCGGUCCACCCUCAAAGUAGAGCUCACAAUUACCCCAGAUUUCCAGUGGGAUGAGAAGGUUCAUGGUUCCUCUGAAGCUUUCUGGAUCCUAGUAGAAGACGUGGACAGUGAAGUAAUCCUGCACCAUGAGUACUUCCUGCUAAAGGCCAAAUACGCACAAGAUGAGCAUCUUGUUACGUUUUUUGUACCAGUCUUUGAGCCUCUUCCACCUCAGUACUUUAUUCGAGUGGUGUCUGAUCGCUGGCUCUCAUGUGAAACGCAACUCCCAGUAUCUUUCCGCCAUCUGAUCCUUCCUGAAAAGUACCCACCACCUACUGAGCUGCUGGAUCUACAGCCCCUGCCAGUUUCUGCCCUUAGGAACAGUGCAUUUGAGAGCUUAUACCAAGAUAAAUUUCCAUUCUUUAACCCUAUCCAGACCCAAGUUUUCAACACCAUAUACAACAGCGAUGAUAAUGUCUUUGUGGGAGCUCCCACGGGAAGUGGGAAGACCAUUUGUGCUGAAUUCGCCAUACUCAGAAUGCUGCUUCAGAAUUCCGAGGGCCGGUGUGUUUAUAUAACCCCUAUGGAAGCUCUGGCUGAACAGGUGUUCAUGGACUGGUUUGAGAAGUUCCAGGACAGGUUAUAUAAGAAGGUUGUACUGCUCACUGGUGAGACCAGCACAGAUCUGAAACUUUUGGGGAAGGGGAACAUUAUUAUCAGCACCCCAGAAAAGUGGGAUAUCCUGUCCCGUCGUUGGAAGCAGAGGAAGAAUGUGCAGAAUGUCAGUCUCUUUAUUGUAGAUGAGACGCACCUCAUCGGAGGAGCCAAUGGACCUGUGCUUGAGGUAAUCUGUUCCAGAAUGCGGUACAUCUCCUCCCAGAUAGAGAGGCCUAUCCGUGUCGUGGCCCUUAGCUCCUCUCUCUCCAAUGCCAAGGAUGUUGCUCACUGGCUGGGUUGCAGUGCAACUGCCACAUUUAACUUCCAUCCCAAUGUGAGGCCAGUUCCUCUGGAAUUGCAUAUACAGGGCUUUAACAUCAGCCACACACAAACGCGGCUGCUUUCUAUGGCUAAGCCAGUUUACCACGCCAUCAUAAAGCACUCUCCAAAGAAACCCAUCAUCGUUUUUGUUCCGUCUCGGAAACAGACGCGUCUCACUGCUAUUGAUAUUCUUACUACCUGCGCAGCGGAUGUGCAGAGACAGAGGUUCCUGCACUGUACAGAGAAGGAUUUGGCUCCGUACUUGGAAAAGUUGAGUGAUGGAACUCUGAAGGAAACCUUGUUGAAUGGGGUGGGCUACCUGCAUGAAGGCCUGUCAUCACUGGAGAGACGAAUUGUGGAGCAGUUAUUCAACACUGGUGCAGUACAGGUGAUUGUGGCCUCGCGCAGUCUUUGCUGGGGACUUAACAUUGCGGCUCAUCUGGUGAUUAUCAUGGACACUCAGUACUAUAACGGCAAGAUUCAUGCGUACGUUGAUUAUCCCAUCUAUGAUGUCCUUCAGAUGGUGGGAUAUGCCAACCGCCCCCUGCAGGACGAUGAAGGGCGAUGUGUUAUUAUGUGCCAAGGUUCAAAGAAGGAUUUCUUUAAGAAGUUCCUGUAUGAGCCUUUGCCUGUAGAAUCCCACUUGGAUCACUGCAUGCACGACCACUUCAACGCAGAGAUUGUCACCAAGACUAUUGAGAAUAAACAGGAUGCUGUGGAUUAUUUAACUUGGACUUUCCUCUAUAGGCGCAUGACCCAAAACCCCAACUACUAUAAUCUUCAGGGCGUUUCUCACAGGCACCUUUCUGAUCACCUUUCUGAACUGGUUGAACACACACUAAGUGACCUUGAGCAGUCCAAAUGCAUCAGCAUUGAAGAUGAAAUGGAUGUGGCUCCUCUAAACUUAGGAAUGAUUGCUGCUUAUUACUACAUCAACUACACCACCAUUGAACUCUUCAGCAUGUCUCUGAAUGCCAAGACCAAAGUGCGGGGUCUUAUAGAAAUAAUAUCUAAUGCCGCCGAGUAUGAAAGCAUACCCAUACGUCAUCACGAGGACAAUCUGCUCCGCCAGCUUGCACAGAAAGUACCCCACAAACUCACCAACCCCAAAUUCAACGAUCCUCAUGUGAAGACCAAUUUGCUGCUUCAGGCUCAUCUCUCCCGAAUGCAGCUGAGUGCAGAGCUUCAGUCAGAUACCGAGGAGAUCCUCGGAAAGGCAGUUCGACUUAUCCAGGCCUGUGUGGAUGUGCUUUCCAGUAAUGGCUGGCUAAGCCCAGCUCUUGCUGCCAUGGAACUGGCCCAGAUGGUUACUCAGGCUAUGUGGUCCAAGGAUUCCUAUCUGAGGCAGCUGCCUCACUUCAGCUCAGAGCACAUCAAACGAUGCACAGACAAGGAAGUGGAGAGUGUAUUUGAUAUUAUGGAGAUGGAGGAUGAAGAACGUUCAGAGUUACUGCAGCUUUCAGAUUCCCAGAUGGCAGAUGUAGCAAGAUUCUGCAACCGCUACCCCAACAUAGAACUGUCCUACGAAGUGGCAGAGAGAGACUCCAUCAGAAGUGGUGGAGCUGUCGUUGUUCUGGUUCAGUUGGAGCGUGAGGAGGAAGUUACAGGACCUGUUAUAGCUCCUCUCUUCCCACAGAAACGCGAGGAAGGCUGGUGGGUUGUGAUCGGCGAUUCCAAGUCCAACAGUCUGAUUUCAAUCAAGAGACUGACCCUGCAGCAGAAAGCUAAGGUAAAGCUGGACUUUGUAGCACCUGCUACUGGAAACCACAACUACACCCUGUAUUUCAUGAGCGACGCAUACAUGGGUUGUGACCAGGAGUACAAGUUCAGUGUUGACGUGAAGGAGGCAGAGAGUGACAGUGACUCUGAUUAGAAUGGCUGGCUGCUGGCCAAUAAAGAAGCAAGAGGGCUUAUACGUUGGCACUUCCAUCCUACAAGGACUCUGGAGGGUGUAGGUACAAUUUGUCAUUGGCAAGAAACUAAAGCUAAUUCUUCUAAAGCUGGUCAUGCACAGGCUGAUAAAAGCUCUGUCAGCAGCUUGUUGCCCCUUGUGUGGGGCCCUCCAAUGGCUUCCCCGAUUGAUAUCUGGCCAGAUGUAGAUCGGACAGGGAUAAAAAUCACGUUGGGAUCACAGCAGCGUCUGGUCGUCGAUACGGGCCAGCGAUCCGACCGCCCGUAUUGCCUACACCCUAGGGCCCCACGAUCGGAUCAGCCCGAUAUCGCCCAUCUCAAUGUGGGCACAUCAGGGAGAGAUCCGCUCGUUCGGCGAAAUCACCAAACGAGCGGAUCUCUACAUGUAUGGCCACCUUUACUCUUUUUAUGUUUCAAUGUGAAAUAACUGGGCAAACAGUGUGCUGAAUUAGAAGCAUUUGUGCAAACAACGUUUUGGAUGGUCGACAUGUAAAUAUUAAGGAAAUCAAAGUAACAAUGGCAAAAAUAAUCCUCGCAGAAUGGCAAGAAGAGGUCUGUGUAGGUUAUGAACUGUAGUUACCUGCCUCGAAAUACUAGCGUUUGUUCAUUCUGUGGCUUUAUGCUGAAUGUUAUUUCUGGUUUCCAAAAUAAACUUUUUGUUUUUUCAUAA